UUGUGCGAGCACAUCUCAAUUCCCAUCUUCUCCUGGAAAAGGCUGACCCGGUUUCAGCGUGUUACGUGGGAGCGGGUCCUGUCCGGAGGGACCUGUCCUUUACUAGUGCUGAUCUAAGGAAGUGAGGAAGGAGGGCACCAACGUGUGUUCCCUCAUCCCCGAUCCAUCUCACACCCUUCAUGUGCCAUUCUCUUAAAUAUUGCUUAUUUAAGAAGAAAGAUCAUGGUGGCUGUCAGAGGGAAGGAUUCGAGAUUCGAGCUGCUGCAGGAAGCCAAUGAGGAGAGCUACACGCCGGCCACGGCUGAGGGCACACGAGGAGCGCUCAGGAGUCUACUCCACCGGGGUUAAAGUGUGCAGUGUGCACUACUUCCUGCCGCAGGUAGAGCUGUCACAGUGUGGUGUGGAGCUCUAGCUGUGUCAGAGGCUUGCCGUGUCCUUGCCUCACUGCUGCGAGAGCUGCUCGGCUGGAUAUCGCAAUCUUUCUCACGCUCUCACGAGGAAUCUGGAUCCCGCCACCACCAUGGAGAAGUGCUGUUCUGAGUGUUCAGAGCCCCGGAUGGCGCAGAGCUUGUGUACCUUCUGCAACAAGUGGCUGUGCUUCCAGUGCACAGACCUGCACCAGCAUGAGAGAGUCUCCACUCAACCCUCUGAUCUGCAGCACCAGCCGCGAGACCCUCCGUCACCGUCUGAAAUAGGAGCCGGUUGCUGCGGGCAUGCUGUUGUCAUGUGUCCUCUCCAUAAACAGGAGCCUCUGGAACUCCUGUGUGAAACGUGCGACCUCAUGGCCUGCAGCAUCUGUCACCUGUCCGCCCACAAAGACCACCGGCUGGUGCAUGUUGGGAAAGCUCUGCAAGACCAGCGCUGGCUCCUGCAGAACCUCAUGGCCCGAGUGGAGGAGAAAAGAUCAACUGUGGAGAGCACCGCCAAACAGAUCCAGGGCAGGCUCCACGGUAUAAAGAUCACGCAGAGGAAGGCAGAGAACCAGAUAAAAAUGGCAAAGAUGAUUAUGAUGAACGAGCUUAACAAACGGGCCAACCUAUUAAUAGAGCAACUGGAGAGUAUUUCCAGUGAUUUCAAGCAACGUCUGGAGGACCAGCUGCAGGGGGCCAUAGAACUGUGCAGCCAGCUGGAGCAUGUGCAGAACUUCUUUACCUGGGCUACGGCCCAUCACAGACGCAAUCCGCUGCUAUUCAGCAAAGAGCUGAUUGCUCUUCAGAUGCAGCAAUUACUGGAGCCACUGAUGCUCUCAGAGGCUUGGACCCCAUUGAAAAUCAAGUUUAACUGGGAUGCCAGCUUCUGGACCAAGCAGAUGUCCACUUUAGGUAAACUCAAAAGGCCUAUCACAAUGCAGUAUGCAGAUCCCAUAAUUGAUGACAUCAUCACUUUCAUUCUUUUGGAAUGGAGAACAUUCCAACCUCAACAUUCAAAUGGACAGUUUUAA